AUGUCUGCUGUCUGUCGUCACGGCAUACCGUUAUUCUAUGUCAGCAUUUGGACUCCAGGGGAACAACAGUUCUACAUACUUUCAUUACUUGGGAAGCUUAUAGAGCAUCUCCCUUCGUCAUGGACCAUCGGGUGCCUGUAUGACAUUGGUUGCCAGACUGAUCGUGUGCUUCACAAGUGGAACAUUGCACCUGAGUGGCGGUCACGUCUGGUGUGGGGCGUCUCUAUCUUUCACGCCUAUGGACAUCAAUGGGCUUGUCAGCUAUGGUAUCACCCUCGGAAGGAUCGUGUCUGGGGUCUUUCAGAUGGUGAAGUGUGUGAGCGUUUUUGGAGUGAACUGCGACAGCUCAUACCAAGUCUUCGGGUUGCAGGGUACCACCAUCCAAACCAAGACUCCCAUCCGCACCAAGAUCGAGGCCAUCAUGGGCUGGAAGGCAACCAUUGA